AUGGAAAGGAUUUCACACUUCGUUGAACGACACGAAGAAGCACUCCAAUUCUCGUGUACAGCAGCAGCAGCUUCAGUCCUUACAGCGUCGGCGGUACUUGGUUACCAGGCUUGUCAACGACGACACAACUCGACGGCUUUAAAGAACCAGCUUCUUUCAGAGGAUUUCCAACAUGUCAAACUUACGUCGGUCGGGACGAUCCAGCAACAGCAAAAGUCAAGCGACCAUGACGAAUCGCUCAUUCAAGAACAGUUGGCACGCAAUAUUGCUUUCCUUGGAGAGGAUGGGAUGAAACGCGUUCGAGAGUCUUUUGUUGUCGUUGUUGGUGCUGGCAACGUUGGUUCUUGGGCUGCCUUGAUGCUACUACGAUCCGGUGUACAACAUUUGCGCUUAAUUGAUCCUAAACGGUUGACACGUCGCAACAUGGGCAAUCAUGCAGUGGCAGGUCAAGAAGAUAUUGGCAUGAGCAAAGUACAGGCCUUGCAAACGCAUCUCCAUGAAAUUGCACCCUUUUCCAAAAUUGAAUGCUGCACGGAGCGAUUAUGCACUAGUAACAUGGCAACCCUUUUGGGAGACAAGCCAAGCUUCGUUGUUGACACGAUGACCAACAUUAUUGACAAGAUUGCAUUGGUCGAAUAUUGUCAUGCAAAUGACAUCAAGAUCAUCUCCUCCAUGUCCCCUGGCGCCAAGGCUGAUCCAACACGCAUCCAAGUGGCUGACAUAAGUGAGACAAUGGAGGAUCCAUUGGCACGUGCCUUCCGUCGAAGAUUAAAGAUGCUCAAGAUCGAUCGUGGUAUUCCUGUAGUCAUCAGUACGGAUAGACCCCUUGAUAUAGAUAAAUCAACGAUUGACGAUUUCCGUACCCGGCAUUUGGCUUCGCUUGGAUCCGUUGACAGCAUGUAUGGAAUGGUCAUCACCACCCACAUUAUUUUACACCUUGCCGAGUUUGCCGCGUUGCCACCCCAAGCAAUAAGGUUACGAGACACUCUCUUCAAUCGCAUCAUGUAUGAAGCAAGGGAACGAGAAACACAAAAUUAUGGAAGCCCAUACCCUUUCACAGUACACGAUGUCGUUUAUAUAUUUGAAGAGAUUUGGCAUGGCAAGAGCGUCAUUUCAGGCCCACAAGAUCGAUUGACUUUGGCUCGAUGGGAUCGGAGCAAGCCUUUGAGUUUGGAAAAUGCCGUUUGCAUGAAUAGAGAUGAAGCACGUGCCCAUGACCGCUUACCAGCCGAUGUAGAUCUUAGAAAGCAUUAUGGAGAUGAUAUAGUCAACUAUGUAAACAAGCAAUUCGAAAUAGAAGCAAAGUUUCAAAAGCUGUGGGCUUAA